GGAAGCCGCGGGGCCUUCUAAGUCAGAAAGUCUCCGGAGCUUGCGCUCGGCUCUUCUCUGCGCCCCCGACUUAGACGCAGGUCUUGGAAGCGAGAAGUGGAGUAGGCGUCGUUGCCGGAGCUGAGACCGGGCGGCCAGAGAGUCCGCAGGGAUGAACCUCGAGUUGCUGGAGUCCUUUGGGCAGAACUAUCCAGAGGAGGCCGAUGGAACUUUGGAUUGUAUCAGUAUGGCCCUCACCUGCACCUUUAAUAGGUGGGGCACACUGCUUGCAGUUGGCUGUAAUGAUGGCCGAAUUGUCAUCUGGGAUUUCUUGACAAGAGGCAUUGCUAAAAUAAUUAGUGCACACAUCCAUCCAGUGUGUUCUUUAUGCUGGAGUCGAGAUGGUCAUAAGCUCGUGAGUGCUUCCACUGAUAAUAUAGUGUCACAGUGGGAUGUUCUUUCAGGCGACUGCGACCAGAGGUUUCGAUUCCCUUCACCCAUCUUAAAAGUCCAAUAUCAUCCACGAGAUCAGAACAAGGUUCUCGUGUGUCCCAUGAAAUCUGCUCCUGUCAUGUUGACCCUUUCAGAUUCCAAACAUGUUGUUCUGCCGGUAGAUGAUGACUCCGAUUUGAACGUGGUGGCAUCUUUUGAUAGGCGAGGGGAAUAUAUUUAUACAGGAAAUGCAAAAGGCAAGAUUUUGGUUCUGAAAACAGAUUCUCAGGAUCUUGUUGCUUCCUUCAGAGUAACAACUGGAACAAGCAAUACCACGGCCAUUAAAUCAAUUGAAUUUGCCCGGAAAGGGAGGACCCCAUGGAAGAAAUGUUGUUUCUCUGGGGAUGGGGAAUACAUAGUGGCUGGUUCUGCCCGGCAGCAUGCCUUGUACAUCUGGGAGAAGAGCAUUGGCAACUUGGUGAAGAUUCUCCAUGGGACGAGAGGAGAACUUCUCUUGGAUGUAGCUUGGCAUCCUGUUCGACCCAUCAUAGCAUCCAUUUCUAGUGGAGUGGUAUCUAUCUGGGCACAAAAUCAAGUGGAAAACUGGAGUGCGUUUGCACCAGAUUUCAAAGAAUUGGAUGAAAAUGUAGAAUAUGAAGAAAGGGAAUCAGAGUUUGAUAUUGAAGAUGAAGAUAAAAGUGAGCCUGAGCAGACAGGGGCUGAUGCUGCAGAAGAUGAGGAAGUGGAUGUCACCAGUGUGGACCCCAUUGCUGCCUUCUGUAGCAGUGAUGAAGAACUGGAAGAUUCAAAGGCUCUAUUGUAUUUACCCAUUGCCCCUGAGGUAGAAGACCCAGAAGAAAAUCCUUACGGCCCCCCACCGGAUGCAGUCCAAACCUCCUUGAUGGAUGAAGGGGCUAAUUCAGAGAAGAAGAGGCAGUCUUCAGCAGAUGGGUCCCAGCCACCAAAGAAGAAACCCAAAACAACCAAUAUAGAACUUCAAGGAGUACCAAAUGAUGAAGUCCAUCCACUACUGGGUGUGAAGGGGGAUGGCAAAUCCAAGAAGAAGCAAGCAGGCCGGCCGAAAGGAUCAAAAGCAGGAGGAGCAAUCUCAGAAUUGUUAUGAAGACCCUUGAAGUUCUUCAUUCUUCUCCACGUUGCCAUCAUGUGGCCUCUGGACACUGCGGUCAGUCAUUUGAGAUUGACUUUAAUUUAAAACAAAGGCCUCUGCGUCCCACCCAGGAGGUGGGAGGAGUGAAAUUUAUGUUUGAAUGAAGAAGUGAAUUAUGGAAGAAGAGUAUAUGUCCCUUACCUUCCCUUUCAAGCAAAAGUCCAAAUAGGCUCUCAGGAAUGAGGAUUUGUGAAGACAUCAAAUAGGGGUUUUGAUUCAUUUAAACUUUGAUGCUUAGUUAUGUUGCUGGAGAAAAGCAUUUUGCUCAUCUAACUUGAUCAUACCAGCAUCAGUUUGACUGUCAUUUCCUAUCUCCUGUAGCCUUCCAUCCUCAAUGCAUGUCCUUGAGUGACUUGUUCAUAUCUGAAAUUUUGCUACCAAUAUCCCAGGGAAACUUCUGUUGCUAAUUCUCUUUCAUUUUUUAAACUUAUCUUCUCCCAAGAUAUCUCCUAUAUUUCUAUAUUGCAUACAAAGGAUGGGCAGAAAAGACAGUGCUUGAAUGAUUUCAAAUUUUCAGAAAGGCAAGAAAGAUAAGAAGGUUCCCUUUUCCUACCAUAUCACAUUUUGCUCAAGAAGCUGGGCUGCAAGAGAUUCAGGGUUUUCCUGUUUUCCUUUCAUUGCAUGUUUCCCUUCAGUCUCGGUUCAUUGUCAUGAAUCAUGGUUUUUGAAGAUAGCUAGUUUUAUUCAUCUCUAGUAAAGAAUCAUCAGUAGUUUAUAUUGCUUUAUCUGUGGUGGCUUUCAGAGAUGCAAACAAACCAACGUGUCACUCAACAAGCUUCUUUUUUAUUGGGGUGGGGGAAUCUAUGCAAGGACUAAGGUAAAACUGUCCAAAAUCAGAGCAGCAACAACACAAUUCAAAUCAAAGAUCAAGGUGAAAUGUUUUUUAUCAUUGCCUGUGGAAAUCUAUCCUCAUUAGUCAUUGCAUAUUUCCCUUCUUGUAUCUUUACUCCUUUUUCUAUGUUUUCAGUCACUUCCUUUCUGUGAAAGGUUGCUAGUUUUUUUCUGUUUUUGCCUUUUUUCCCUCCUGCUUUCUGCUGUUCUUUAGAUAGAAAGAUUGGAUAGACGUGUACAUUAGGUGUUUGAAAUUCACUGAAAAUUUAGCGGGGAAGUCAGCUACUCAGUAGCCUCCCUGAAUAGAGCUUUUAGUUGACCAGAAGUGCUUAACUUGGAUCAUCAUUUUCUCAGUAUUUUCAAAGAAGAAUUUAAAUAUUGUUCUUAUUGUGAAAUCUUUACCAGUUGGUGGAUGCUCCUAUAGGUAGCCAAACACACUGAUUACCUUUAGAUCUUAGGAUAGAAAUCAAAGUAGAGCACAUCAGUAAGAGCCUCUUUCUCCCAUUCCAUCUUUUAGCACCAGUAUUUUAAGUAGUUGAAGAAAGAGCUCUCCCUGAGUCAGUUUCAAAAUGUCUGUACUUUUAGAUGGUAUUACUUUUUCCUCAAAUGCUCAUUUUGUGCAUUUCAUAUGCAUUAGACCAGUGGUUGAGAUUGAUAGAUGACUCACUUGACAUGGUUUUGUUUUACAGACAUAUCCAUUUCAGUUUUCUUUGUACUCUACCCUGCAAGUAGUGUGCAAACUGUGUGAUACAAGGGUUUCUGCCUUAUUUCUGUGUGUGGUUUCCUCUGCCUGUACAUUUGGAUGUUCACGCUAUGUCCACCUCCUAAACUAGCUACUGAGAAAAGCCACUUAAGCCCUGUCAGAUUGUCUCUGGCAAUAGCUCCUAAUAAUUAUUUAUGCUUUGGGAAAUUUGUUUUCAACUCCUAAAACCUUCUAUCCAUUUCAGUUUGACUCUCUUGAUUUGUACAAUAUAUGUAUAUUCUCUUCCUUUUUGUCUGUUCCCCACUCCCCUGUUGUUUGGGUUUUUAAAAUGUUCUGUAGUUUUGUACAAGAUGAGACAUAGCCUUGAGUAUUUCUUGCUGAAGCUUUAAUGCUUUGUAAAUAAAAUCGGAUGUUUAUUAAAGAACAGGUGUAGCUGUUUGUUUGUAAACACUGCUC